AAGCAGCUCCUUUAGUAAACAUUCACUCUGUCUGUCCUACGAGAUGUCCUGAGUGUACUCGCUAGAUAAAUGCCAUGCUUCAGGUGCUGCUGAACUGGUUUGACCGAAGGUUUGCUAUAUGUCGAUAGUUUCUGAGGUGCUGGGGCUCUAAAUGGAGUAAUUGGUUGUUUUUGGAGGAAGCCAUGUAAGUGUAACAGCAUGAAGGAAUUCACUGUGCCUUCUGUGCAUCUGAAUAUCGACCUUCUUUUGAGCUGUUGUCACAAACAUUUUGAAAUCUGAUGGAAUGGCGGACGUUCCUCAGGAAGGUAUCUCCGCAUUUUCUUCAUGGCUCACUCAGAUUUCAGAUGCUUUCUCCAAUGGCUUCCGCCGCCUCGGCCAAAACGAAGCUGUUGACUCUGAGGUCUCAGUGAAAGAUGAGAGUUCAGGGGUGGAGCAGAGCUUGAGAGUUGUUCAUGGAUCUGGAGUAGAUCCACAGAAGAUGCUGCCACUGCGAGGUCAGGGCAGCAUGGGCUACAGGUUUGAUUAUGCCCCCUCUGUCGAACGUCUGACUCCCAUCAGUGAAGAGGCAGAUGAGCUGGAGAGCAGGAGGAGUCUGCUGGCUUCACGCUGCUCUGAUGCUGUGAAUAGUUACGGCGAUGAUGGUGAGAUUUCCAGCUCAUCAGAGAGCGAUGAUGAGUUAGCAAAGCACUUCGAGAUCUCAGUUUCCCGCUCACAAAGCUUCCGUUCAAGUGUUACGGAUCUCAACACCCAGAAUGCACCAGGGCAGCAUCACAAAUUUAAACGGCUGCUGUCUGACCAGGAAGAAGGGAGCACAGAGCCAUCGGACUGUGAAGAAGCUGAGAGAAGCAGUGUGCAGAGUUUUCAGGAUCCCCUCACGUCCAGGAGACGUGUAAGGUCUGAGCCGAGAGACCCGUUAUCACAGAGUCCUCUUCCUGAGGGCCAGACCCUCACAGACCCCCUCUCUCUGAUGGCGGAGCAGAUCUCUGUGGGCUCUCAGGACACAGGGGAUGGUCUGGAGGCUCUACCCAGGGACGAGGGCAGUCGCCUAAGCAGUGUUGGGCGGCAAACCCCACAAAGGAGUCUGGCAGUCGACAAUCAAGGAUAUGACAACAGUGAGGCUACGGAUAGUAUCUCCACAUGGAGCUCUGAGCAUGAACAGUCUCCAUCCCACCCUUUGAGCACCUCCCCUCGUGGACACAUCUCAAAAUGUGGUGAUCUUAUAGUUGCCCUUGACUACCGGGCUGAAACCCACAGGCUUCUGGUCACAGUGAUAAUGGCCCAAGGCAUUCCGGACAAGGCACGGAGCGGCAUGGACUCCUGGCAGGUGCACGUGGUGCUGUUACCCGGGAAACGACAGCGGCACAAGACGACCGUACAGAAAGGCUCCAUGCCCAGGUUUGAGGAGACGUUCCGGUUCUCACAUCUAGAGCCGGGGGAUCUGGGUUCCUCUGCGCUGCGGUUCCGCCUGUACGCACUGGGGAAGAUGAACAAGGACAGGAUGAUGGGAGAGGCAAUGUACAGGCUGAGCAGGAUGACACAUACAGGGCGCUUUCAGGUCACACUGGUGCUGGAGCCACGUAUUAAUCUCAAGACUGUAGACUCCCAGGUGUCUUUCAGCGCACAGAGUGACAGUGCUUCCUCCAGUCAUUCUGUCUCUCAUGGUGGAAACCCAGAACUACUGCUGGGUUUAUCAUAUAACGCCACCACAGGACGACUGUCUGUGGAGAUCAUUAAAGGCAGCCACUUCCGUAACUUCGCACUCAACAGACCUCCAGACACAUUUGGUAAGCUCACUCUGUUAAACUCCAUGGGACAGGAGAUAUCUCGCUGUAAGACAUCCAUCCGUCGCAGUCAGCCGAAUCCUGUCUUCAAGGAGACGUUUGUCUUCCAGGUGGCACUGUUCCAACUGUCAGACGUCACAUUAAUGGUCUCUAUUUACAAUCGGCGGAACAUGAAGCGCAAGGAGAUGAUUGGCUGGGUGGCUCUCGGCCAGAACAGCAGUGGAGAGGAAGAACUUCUUCACUGGCAGGACAUGAAGGAGAGCGGAAACCAACAAGUCUGCCGCUGGCACACGCUACUGGAAGCUUAGAAAGAGAAAGAAGUCUAAUCACUCGUACCUACUGCGCUCCGCUGGAUCUUCCGUUGGGAAAGAGGUGAAAACCAAGACCAAAAAUACCCACGAACAAGCACUUUUAACAGUCUCAAACAAAGUUAAGGCAUGUAAUUGUGAAAAUCUUGGAAGCACAUACAAAUACAAAGAAACACCCACACGCCGCUUUUCUUCUCGCUGAGAGUACUUGAUACAGCCUCUUAUCUGGUAACCAGGAAAUGACUCCAUGGCGUAAUAUACAGGCUACUCUCUUCAACUCCAGCAGCAACCAAUCAAAACGCAUUAUUGCCCGAGCCUCGUGAUUGUCGCCUAGCGAUUUCAUGAAUGGAGGAUUGAUUUGAAAUCAUUAAAUGCCUUUUUUCAGAUCAUGUAAGCCUCAAGUUCAGACACCAGAACCAGUUUUGGUGAGACCAAAUGUUUAAUGAGCAGAAAACUGUUAAACGCGUGCACUUUCAUUCAUGCUCUCCUACUGUUAACACUAAAGCUGUUUCUUUUUUACAUUUACAUUUUUUAUUAUAUUUUACAUCAAAAUAUGCUGUAAUUAAUAGUCAUGGACAGUGUUAUGAUAAAAGUUGCUGUGAAAAGUGUGCACGUUAUGCCCUAUUCAUAUUAGAAUACAAGAUUUUAAGAUGUAGUUCACCCAAAAAUGAAAUUUCUGUCAUUAUUUACUUACUUUAAUGAUUUUCAGUCAACACAAAAGUUGAAAUUUUGAACUCUUUUCAGUGAUUUCAGUGAAUGAGGACUUGGUCAGGCUUUAAAAAAAGACAAAUUUUAUCAAUUGUUAAUUUUGAUCUCUGACUUUGAUCUACCCUACAUGUUUAUGAGUAAAUCAGGUUAGUAAAUGAAUCUUUGGUUCAGUGAAUUACACUACCAGUCAAAGGUUUUUGAACAGUAAGAUUUUUAAGUCUUUUCUGCUCACCAAGCCUGCAUUUAGUUGAUCCAAAUUAGAGCAAAACAGUAACAUUUUGAAAUAUUUUUACUAUUUAUAAAAUAACUGCUUUCUAUUUGAAUAUAUUUUAAAAUGUAAUUUAUUCCUGUGAUCAAAGCUACAUUUUCAGCAUCAUUACUCCAGUCUUCAGUGUCACAUGAUCCUUCAGAAAUCAUUCUGAUAUGCUGAUUUGCUUUUCAAGAAACAUUUUUUAUUAUUACUAUCAAUAUUUAAAACAGUACAUUUUACAUUUUUUCAGGAUAAAUUAUAGAAAUUAAUACUUUUAUUUAGCAAAGAUGCUUUAAAUCAAUCAAAAGUGAUGAUAAAUACAUUUAUAAUGUUACAAAAGAUUUUCAUUUCAGAUAAAUGCUGUUCUUCUGAACUUUCUGUUCAUCGAAGAAACCUGAAAAAAUUCAACUCAGCUGUUUUUGACAUAAUAAUAAUAAUAAUAAAUGUUUUUGAGCAGCAAAUCAGAAUAUUAGAAUGAUUUCUGAAGGAUCAUGAGACUGGAGUAAUGAUGCUAAAAAUUCAGCUUUGAAAUCACAGAAAUAAAUUACAUUUAAAAAAAUAUUCAAAUAGAACAGUUAUUUUAAAUAGUAAAAUUAUUUCAAAAUUUGACUGUUUUUGCUGUACUUUUGAUCAAAUAAAUGCAGGCUUGGCGAGCAGAAGAGAUUCUUUAAAAAACAUUAAAAAUCGUACUGUUCAAAAACUUUUGACUGGUAGUGUAGUUCGCAAAAAAUAGUGUGAACGAUUUAUUUAAAUGAACAGAUCUGGCCUGUUCCUUAGACAAAGCUAUUGUAUGGCUUGAAAAGGCUUUGAGUAUAGUGCCCAACUCAUAUGUACUAUUUUUAUAGUGCUUGUGAAUCCAUUUUGAAGCUUGAAAGCUCCAGUCCCCAUUCAUUGUAAUUGCUUGGAAAGAGACCAAUCCUACCUACUUACCAAAAAUUGUCUGUACUCAGAGCACAGACACUUAUGCAUGUCCAAGAAAAUCGUCAGACAAUCUUAACACUGUCCUUAUGACAUUAGAACCCGAAAUCUUUUCUAAUGCAUGCCUGUAAUGCUUUAUACAUAUAUGAAGUGCCUGAUCUGAUCAAACCUAUGUGAAGUUUUUAUCUAUAGCAGUAAUAGACUAGCAUGAAAAACUAGCAUGGACCACAGUGUUUUAAAAAUCAAUAGUGCCUGUUUUGCAUGCAUUCAAAAAACAUUUUGGAGAUAAAUGCAUAUAUUUUUGUCUGUCAUUAAAGACAUCUCUAAUACACUA